AUGGGGAUCGCGACCGUCCGGGGCAACGGAGUCACGAACCCCAGUAUUGCGGCCGAGGGUCCGGAGCUAGAGCCGUCAGGUGCAGAAGAGUCCACGGGUUCCGCGGUCUCCACGGCGGCCGGUCGAUCGGACGAACAUCUUGUGCUUAGAGAGAAGCUCACCAUACCGAGUCUUCUGCCGGCAAUGGAAAUUAUCGAUACCGAGGUACUUAAUGGGCUCUUGGCAAAGGCCGUCGUGAACUGGGACGCCGUAGAAGCGAUUGAGAGUUGA